CGUCAAUCUCUAUAUCUCUCUACUAAUCUCUGGCAGCGUCCUGUAAUAUAACAAUAUGCAAAAAAACGUACGAUUUGAAUUUCCAUUCGGGAGCCCUAGUGAAAAUUUUAAAGUUUAUACAUAUCACAGUUACAAUAAGAAAGCUCUUGAUUGAAUGAAGGAGUUCUAAUAGGUUCGAGAAAUACAGACUAUAGAGUUCUGAAAACUGGCCAUCAAAACUCUUGCGACCCGUAGAUAUAGCAGCUGCAGGAUUCUACUAUACGAAGCAGAUCAAUAUAGUGCGCUGCUUCGAAUGUUCCACUGAGAUUUCCCGAUAGGAAGAAAGUGAUGAUCCUAUAAUAGAACACCGGCGCUGGGACGGUCAAUGCCAUUUUAUUCGAAAUUUACCCUGCGGUAAUGUACCUAUAGGCAUCGGUGACGAGUUAAUAACAACAAUUCGUCCAGCAGGUGAGGCCAAAACUCAAAUCCAUACACUCAGAUAGAUAUCUUUGAGUACUGAUACUAUCAAGAAAGCAGAUUUUCCAGAGUAUAUGACAUACGAAUCGAGAUUGCUAACAUUUAAUGAAUGGCCAUCACGUGUUACUCAGUCAAAAGAAGAAAUAGCCGAUGCUGGAUUCUUCUAUGGAGGAAGUGGCGAUCAAACGACCUGCUAUCAGUGUGGUGGUAAUCUGAAGAACUGGGAGCCUAAUCAAGAUCCAUGGAUACAGCAUGGAUACAAAUGGUUCUCUACAUACUUUUAUGUUCUGAUGGUUAAAAGGCAGAGAUUUAUUGAGGCUGUUGUCGGAAAAAAUAACAUACCUAUAUUAAAUGAGGUUAUCAAGCAAUUAAAUCUUCAACACAUAAUGGAAUAUGAAAUCCUUUACGAAUGAUUACUUGGAGCUUAAGUUUUUAAGGAAUAUGGAGUUAGAUCUUUCUUUUUCAGAAAAUAGUUUUACAUCAGAUUUUGAGAUUUUAGAAUCUACUUAUGAAGAAUAUUUUAGUUCAUCUGAUUCGUUUAAUGCAAGCCGAUUUGAAUUAAUGAAUGUACCAAAAAGGCUGGUUUCUGAAGAUAUUACGGCACAAUGCAAACGACUAAUUCGUCAGUACAAUGUUAUUCUAAAAAAAGUUUUAUUGCUUAUUCUUGAUAAACAAGUAAAAUUUCAAGAACAGUUUAAUAGAGUAAUAAAAAUUCAAGAGAAACUAGAUAAUGUUCUGAAAAUUUGUGAAUCUUGCAGAAAUAAUUUAAAAACAGCAUCUCACCACUUUUCACUCUCUAGUUUGCUGAUUCUAUACUAUUGCAGAAAACGAAAAAUUCUUAAAAAUUUAAUAAUGAUUUUAUAUGGUAUUAAAACUUUAAAUCGUACAAAAGAUAAACUUCAACAACUUCUUGAUAGCGAAAAUUAUCCCACAGUAAUAGCAUUAAUUUCCGACUGUAAACGAUCUAUAAAUACUUACAAGCAAUACAAUUGUGUUGUAGCAGUACAUGAUAAACUGAUGGAUACUUUAGAAUUCGUGGAAGAAAAUUUGGAUAUGUCUAUUUCUAAAAUUUGUACAUCCUUUAAUGCCAAUAACUAUGCAUCUGCACAAGACGCUUAUAAAUUUUUGGGUAAAUCUCAAACUGCGAUUGACCAAUUACAUAUGCAUUUUAUUGCCACAAUUCACAGUACUGCUCUUUCAUCAGUUCUCAAAUAUGCGCAAAAUGAUAUGAAAAGUCAAUAUAAUCUUUUGUGCCAAUAUGUUCCAUUAAACAAAUUUUACCCUUGUUUAUUGGAGCUCUGCGAGUCUUUUCUCUCAAUAUGGAAGUCAUAUUACUUUGUGAUGAAAUGGCAUGAAAAUGAGGGUAGUACGAAUAUAGAAAAUAAUGGUUAUGAAAAUAUUAUAAAAGACCAUAAUCAGAAAUAUAUAUUGCAAAAAUUACAAGCAGGCAUAGUAAAAGUAUGUAAUGAUGUGGAAACUAAAUUAAUUAUUUUUAUUGAUGGAUUUGAUCUAAUGAAUCUUAAAUUCGAAGAGUUACUUCAGGCAUUGAACACUGUUGAUAGGAUGUUAAAAAUUGGAAAAAUACUAUGCAAAUCAAAUAUGACAAAGUUGUAUGAAUGUUCUAAAAACAAACUUCUUAUGUAUUUUGAUUUCUAUCACGCCUCACGAUUAGAAGAACUAAAAAUAUUUCUAGAAAAUGAUGGAUGGGGACUAUGUCCCAUUAAAUCAAGUUUCAGAGUCACUCAAUUGUUAGAGUUUAAACAGUUCAAAUAUAUUUUUAAUUUAUCGCAGAAUAGUAGAAAUACAGAAGAAAACUUAUUUCAAAUCAUAGACGAUUUUGAUAUCUAUGAUUUUAAUCAAGCAUUUUCUAUUAAUGCAUCACUUCCUUUUGAUUUAAAUUUUGAUAAGCCUGCAGAAGAAGAUAUUUUACGUAGUUCAGAGGAAAAUCGAGUAAAUGAUUUGUCUGAUGACACUGAUGAUGAAGAGAUUCUUGAUGAAUUGAAAUACAGCUAUGUUGAUGACAUACAAAAUAAUAUAAUGCAUAAGAUGAAAGAUAGACAUACUGGACCCAUAGUGACUAACACAUCUUUAACUGUUCUAAGAAUUUGCGGAAAGUAUUUGCAAAUAACUCGCAUAUUCAAAGAAUUAGCAAAAACAGUUACACACUGUAUGAUACAGAUAUUUGAACUAUAUUUCUAUUCUGUAUAUUGUUUUUUUUCAACAGAUCUAAUAAACACUGAAUUCAGUACUACACUUGGAACAAACUUAAAGCGUACAAUUUCUCGUAUAAAAGAAAAUUUAAUUAUAAGUGAGAUAAAAAAUUCCCCUUUGAAGCAUAAAGUUUGUCAACCGCAUCGUUCUUCAGUAAUAAAUUUAGAUGAUUCAAAAAAUGUAUUUGGUCUUACUGAACGCAUAGUUGCAGUAGAAUCUUUGAUAUUUUUAGGACACCAAUACGAAUCGUUUCAAUUAUAUCUAAAUUCUAUUAUUAUAGAUGAUCAAGAAAAAAUUGAUUUAAACCAAUCUUAUUUUCAAAGUGUUCCUCUUACAACUGCAUUACGAAAACCUGUUUAUAUGGCAGCUAUAUUGAGAGCUUUUGAUGUACCACACAUUAUAUUUUCAAUUACUAAAGAAGAUUGGGAAUUGAAAGACAUCAUGUCUCAACAAAAUAGUUAUAUAAAUUUUUUAAUAGAGGAUAUUCGAAUCAUCAAGGAAAAAAUAUCAGUUAUUGAAUGCAAUGUACCUUUAACGAAGGAAGUGAGUGAAUCAAUUUGGGAAAGCACAUCAGAUAUUUUAACUUAUUUACUAGUAGAAGGUUUUUCUGCAGUAAAAAGAUGUUCAAAUGAAGGUCGUGCUUUGAUGCAACUUGAUUUCACUCAGUUUGUAGCAAAAUUUGAAACUAUAACAGCACUACGCCCUAUGCCACACCAAGAAUUUGUCACAACAUAUAUCAAAGCUUACUAUUUACCUGAAUCAAGUAUCGAAUCUUGGAUUAGAGAUCACUCUGAGUAUUCACCAAAGCAAUUAAUUGGUCUUGUAACUUGUAUUAAUCAAAAUAAGAGGAUUAAACAAAGAUUACUAUCUGUUAUUGAGGAACAACGAUUAACCAGAUGAUGAGCGCAUGAGCUGAAUUCAACAACAGUGUAGAUGGACCUAAAAAAACACGAACUGAAAACACUAUUCAAAAAUUUGUUUGAAUUCGUCAGCUUGUCGAAAUUAAAAAAUUGAUCUAUUUCUUGAUAAUAUUUUUGUAUUGUUGAAUAAUAGUUUGAAAUUAAAUAAAAAAGUUUGAUAAUGAAC